AUGGGCGGUGCGCAAGAUGGGAGGAGGGGCUCCGCCGGGCUGGUAGGUUCGCGGGUGGCGGCGCUUGCGUGGUUGGGAGCUCCCAGCGCCGGCGGUAGGUGGGAUUCGGGCGUGGGGUUGGUGGAAGAUGGGGGCGUUACGGGUGGGCGCCUCGUUGUUUUGUUUGCGGGUUCGAGAACAGGAGCAGGAUGCUCAGGUCUCGCUCUGAUGGCGCCAUGGCGGGAUGCUACGGCCGUGGAAGGAGGCGGGGGUUGGGAUGAGGGCUUCCGCCGGGGAAAAAGGUGGGGCGCGGAUGCGAUGCUGCCGCCGAAGAUGCUGGAGCGGGAAUUGGGGCCGGUCGCCGGGAAGAAGGCGGGGCGGGAGUUGGGGCCGGCCGCCGGGAAGAAGGCGGGGGCGGGAUUUGGGGCCGGCCGCCGGGAAGAAGAUGGCGGAGUUCACACGCAUGCGGGGUGCAGAAGAGGCAGGGGACGAGUGGCACGGGAGCGAGCGCUCGAGGACGGGAGAGACGAGCAGAAGGGAGGCGUUGGUGGCGGCGGGGGGAACCUCCAGGCGGUGGCGCACGAGUCCUCCAAGCGGCAGCGCGGGGAACCUCCAGGCAGUGGCGCGCGAAUCCUCCAGGCGGCGACGUGGGGAGCCUCCAGGCCGCGGGGCGGGGAAUCUUCAGGAUGCGGCACGGGAAGCCUCCAGGCCGCGGGGCGGGGAACCUUCAGCCGGCGGCGCGCGAGUCCUCCAGGCGGCGGCGUGGGGAACCUCCAGGCCGCGGGAUGCGGAACCUCCAGGCGGUGGCGCUCGAGUCCUCCAGGUGGCGGGGCGGUGGGCUUCCAGGAGGCGGCGCGGUUAACUUGUAGGCGGCGGCGCGGCGCCCAUCUAGGCCGGCGGUGGGGUGGCUGGCGGCGGGAGGUGGGAUUUGGGGAGCACGGGAGGUUGGAUCGAAGCAGGUGGGUUCGUGCGUGGGGGUAG